AUGUGUGAAAAGAAGUUCUGCGAUCAGACGGGUGAAAAGAUUGGUGAUAAAAUGACAAACAUCACCCCGGAGACAAGAAUCAUGAUGAUGAGGUCCAGUGAUGGCAGAAAUAGUUACAGAAGACAGAUUUGGGCAGCCCUCGCUGUCUCACUCGGACCGUUCGCGGCAGGUCUCAGCAAAGGUUACAUGUCGCCAGCUAUAGCCUCUAUGCAGGACUCCAGGUCUAACCAAGGAGCAUUCACGGUGAGCGAUCAGCAGGCCAGCUGGAUUGCAAGCUUGAGUUUAUUAGGAGCGUUUAUUGGCGGGAUCCUGGGAGGUAUGGCGAUGCGUCUUGGCCGCAGGAAUGUGCUGAUCGCAACUGCUCUACCUUACACCCUGGCAUGGCUUGCCACAGCUCUGUCCACUGGAGUUCAUAUGAUAUCAGCUGCAUCAUUCUGCGGGGGCAUGCUGAUUUGCUGCAUUAAUAUGACCACACAAGUAUACGUCACAGAAAUAGCAGUCCCCGAAAUCAGAGGUUGUCUCAGCUCAGUCUUGAAGAUCCUGAGCCAAAUAGGCAUCCUCAUUUCUUUCUCCAUCGGCGCCUAUCUUAACUGGUAUCAACUUGCCCUGAUGGUAGCAGCCGCUCCAGUACUACUAUUCUUCGCUCUCUUUUUUAUCCCCGAAACUCCCUCUUCUCUAUUAUUAAGAGGAAAAGAGCAGGAAGCAGAAGAAUCUUUACAGUGGUUACGAGGACCUGAAGCGGAUAUUCGUCAAGAGCUAGCCACCAUAAGAACAAAUAUUUUAGCCAGCAAGAGGUACAAUGGCGGACAUACAAGCAAAUUUAAAGCCUUACUAUCAAAGAGGAUGACAAGGCCUGUUCUGAUUACCUGUGGCUUAAUGUUUUUCCAAAGAUUUACUGGAGCAAACUUAUUUAACUUUUAUGCGGUGAAAUUAUUUAAGAAGACACUACGAACUAUGAACCCUCACGGUGGAGCGAUAGCUACAAGUGUUGCUCAGCUCCUAGCGUCUUGUCUGUCGGGAAUGCUGAUUGACAAUGUUGGAAGACUUCCUUUACUAAUGAUUAGUGGAGUGAUGAUGUCUAUAGCGUUAGCUGGGUUCGGUUCAUACGCUUACUAUGAAGACGUUUUCCGAAAUACAACAGAUAUAAUGCAAUCAGAACCAGGAUCAUACGACUGGAUACCCUUACUCUGUGUGCUGACAUUUACUAUUGCAUUUUCUCUGGGUAUCAGUCCUAUAUCUUCUUUGCUCAUUGGAGAAUUAUUUCCUCUGGAGUAUAGAAGUACAGGCAGCGCUUUAGCUACAAGCUUCAGCCAUCUUUGUGGCUUUGUAAAUGUUAAAACGGCGGCUGAUUUCCAAGAUCACAUAGGCUUAUAUGGUCUUUUUUGGAUGUACGCAGGAAUAUCUGUCUUGUGUCUUCUAUUUGUAGUUCUUUUCGUCCCAGAAACGAAGGGACGAGAGAUAGACGAGAUGGAUCCGAAAUACGUUGAAUCUUUAUGUAUUAAUCGAUAG